UCUUGGUUUCUUGCUACCUCCUUGGACUUCUGUGAAACAUGCAUGUGACAGUUUGUGGCGCAGGAACUGGCUAGCUCUAGGGGUUGUUCUUGGAGUCAGAAUUUGCUCCAGUGCUUCGUGGACCAACAUGGAACUUACUAACUGCUGGAAAACAGAAGCAGGAACAUACAAGGGGCACAGAAGGUUGAGACUAAUGUGGAUGCUAGGGCAGAAGCACAGAGAAAUUCGACUGUGAGCUUCCUGGCAUCUGGAGCAAAAAGGGAGAAGCAUCCUCCCGGAGGAGGAAAGGGCCAGCUCCAAAGGAAGGCCAACUCUCCCACAGUUUCACUCUAAGGCGAGAGUCCUCCAAGCCUGAAUCGGCUGACUAUCAUAAUAAAUUGUCAAAAACACGAAUUCCCUCCAUCUCCCACCAGCAAUUCUGAAACAAGGAUCAUCAAGAACUUCGAAGGGCCAUCCAAGCUGCCAGGUUAGCCUACUGCACUUGUGACAGAUGCUAGCAGAAGACCUGACUCCUGGUUGCAGACGGAGAACUUUGUUCCUCAGCAACAGAAGCAGGGAGAAUAUCGGUAUUACCACUGGCUCGGCAAGCCCCAGUUCCCACAAGGGCAGUAGAACACAAGGCCGAGUAAUGCCUGCACACACAGUGGGCUGCGUUUUGGUAAAAGAGCCUGGACCUGAGGCAACUGGAAUCUUUUACAAUGGGCAGUCAGCCUGCCUGAUCUUUGCCCGAGAGGAAGGCAUCACCAACUGUGCAGGGUUUUCCCCUCCUGAUGUCAGCCAGUUCUGACACCAGCUCUGAGGGGGUAGCCUGGACCUCACAGGGGAAGGGUUCAGUCCCACAGGACAAUACUAUCCCCCAACUCAGAUGCCAGUCACCAAUCCUGGACCUCGCAUGCUUCUGAUGGACUAGCUGUAUCUCAGGAGUUCCUACAACCCCCUUCUCAGGUCACCCCUCUCAAAUGCUGCCUCUACUACCGGAGCUGGCCCCCUCAGGACAAUGAGAAGCCACCUCACUUGCCCUGGCCGUCCUAACAGCUGUCCAUUGGAUUUAAGUUGUGAAUUCUCGCUGGACACCAGGAAAUGUGGACAUGCAGGUUGGGAGAUAAGAAGACUGCAGCCAAAAGAAGAGCCAUGGCUUUGGAAGGUGGAGUCCAGGCUGAGGAGCCUCUCUGGAUGUAGGAAGAGCAGUUGGGCAGCCAUGGAGUGGGACAAUGGUACAGGCCAGGCCCUGGGCUCCCCGCCCACCACCUGUGUCUACCAAGAGAACUUCAAGAGACUGCUCCUGCCACCCGUGUACUCAGUGGUGCUGGUGGCUGGCCUGCCCCUGAACGCCUGUGUCAUUGCCCAGAUCUGCACCUCCCGCCGGGCCCUGACCCGCACAGCCGUGUACACCCUGAACUUGGCCCUGGCUGACCUGCUCUAUGCCUGCUCCCUGCCCCUGCUCAUCUACAACUACGCCCAGGGGGACCACUGGCCCUUUGGAGACCUCGCCUGUCGCCUGGUCCGCUUCCUCUUUUAUGCCAACCUCCAUGGCAGCAUACUCUUCCUCACCUGCAUCAGUUUCCAGCGCUACCUGGGCAUCUGCUACCCGCUGGCCCCCUGGCACAAGCGUGGGGGCCGCCGCGCAGCCUGGCUGGUGUGCGGGGCCGUGUGGCUGGCCGUGACAACCCAGUGCCUGCCCACAGCCCUCUUCGCCGCCACCGGCAUCCAGCGUAACCGCACCGUCUGCUAUGACUUGAGCCCACCAGCCCUGGCCGCCCGCUAUAUGCCCUAUGGCAUGGCCCUCACCGUCAUCGGCUUCCUGCUGCCCUUCAUCGCCCUGCUGGCCUGCUACUGCUGCCUGGCCCGCCGUCUGUGCCGCCAGGACGGCCCAGUGGGGCCAGUGGCCCGGGAACGGCGCGGCAAGGCGGCCCGCAUGGCCCUGGUGGUGGCAACUGUCUUUGCCAUUAGCUUCCUGCCCUUCCACAUCACCAAGACCGCCUACCUGGCAGUGCGCUCCACAGCCGGUGUCCCAUGCCCCGUGCUGGAGGCCUUUGCUGCUGCCUACAAGGGCACGCGGCCUUUUGCCAGCGCCAACAGCGUGCUGGACCCCAUCCUCUUCUACUUCACUCAGAAGAAGUUCCGCCGGCGGCCACAUGAGCUGCUCCAGAAACUCACAGCCACGUGGCAGCGACAGGGUCACUGAGUCUGCUGGGGCAGGACACCUGGGGCCUGGGCACCAGAAGCCCUUCCAACCCAAAACCAGGCAGAGAAUUAGAGCUUAGCUCAGCUGGGCAGGGAGUGAGGUCCCCCACAGACUACAGAAUCUCACCGAUGACUAUUCCUUGAGCCCAUGCUCUGGACCUGUGGGCGCAGAAAGACAGGCUUGAACCUGGCUUUCCAGAAGGUGCCAGUCAGCCCCCCGGGGAGUCAGGGAAGCUGCCAGAAGCUGUUUGCAAAAAUACGGCAUGGCAUGUACUGUAAUUGAGGAGUGUGCUGGAUGCUUUGGAGUCAGCAGUAUAGGGACUGAGGGAAGAUGGGAGGAGGAGGUGAGAAGUUCUGGAAAGGAGUGUUCUAGCUGGACUUUGAUGGGUUGAGUAUGAGCUCUCUGGAGGUGUGUGAUGGUCCCUUCAUUCAGCACACCUUUACCUACACCUUGUCCUUGGGCCUGGGUUGAUUCGGGGGCACCGGGAGAACCAGUCCUAGCCCUGCCCCAUAUAGGCUUCCAACUACUGGGCUUACAAACACUUGACACAAUGAUGUCAAGGCUGGGACAGAUAAAUAGAGAAUGCCCAUGAUCCAGUCCAAGGAGUCAGGAAAGAUCUCUUGGAAUGGGAUGGGGUGGGGGGGGGGGGGCGGGCAUCUGAACCAGAUGUUGAAGGCUGAGUAGGAGGUCAGCCAAUAGAAGUGGGAGCAUGUUCCCACAGCUCUAGGCUAGACUCUGUCCUGGGGUACAGGGGUAGAGAGAGCUGGGUGGGGGGCAGGCAUAUGGCCUCCUGUGUGUGAAAGCUGGGGAAAUGAGAGCUGUCCCUUCCUUGACCACCCUCCAGAUAAGGGCAAGCGUGGCCUCGAAUGUUUCAGCUUGUGGGGACUCGG